AUGCAAUCCAACCCCUUUUCAUACAGUACUUCUCCUUUCUAAUUUCAACCAAACUUUGCUAUGAAUCCACAAGUGUAUUACUCUAACUACAACCCUUACUAUCCUUAAGUUUCAACCUAUAUGGCCCCUUAACCAUAUCUAUAGAAUGAAUCUUAUCCUCUAAAUUACUUUUAAUAAUCAAAUUAUAUCAACUGGAGUACAGAACAAACCUAGAUGAAGUUGCCUAAAAUCCCAAAUCCUCCUUACAUUAAACUGGAAGACAAUCUCAUUAAAUAAACUGACAUUCCUGCUCAAAAUCUCUUUGAGAAGAAGAAUGAAGAGGAUAAUUCGGACAAACUCUUAUAGAAAGUAGAGACAGUGCGACAGGUUAAAAAAUCCAAUAGUUAGAUAAUUCAAAACCGUAGAGGACAUUGGACAAACGAAGAGCAUUACAAAUAUUUAAAAUUUGUUCGAUAAAAUAAAGAAUUAUUCUAGACAAGUGUCUAAAAAAAGCUGAAUAGAGUUUUUAAAAUGAUGUCAAUUGAAAUACCGACUCGAACUGCUUGUUAGUGUCGUUCUCAUUACUCGAAAUUUAACCCACUAGAUCAUAUUGGUAAAGUUAGAAGAAAAUUAGUCAACGAUGAACAGGUUUAUGAGCGGAUGUUCAACAAUACUUAACAAAAUGACUGAGAUUGAUCCAUUAAUGUAUAGUGUCGAUAUUAGUAUAAUUCAGUUCUAUAAAA